GGCGCGCAUGCUCGAGUGUGAAUCUAUGGUCGUAGUAUCAGAAUCUCAGCAUGUCGAAGCCACUUGAAUAUUAGUGGUGAAACGUGGAAGACGUAGGCAGAAUAAAGCUGUAUCAACUUAAUUUCUUCUGCGUUAUCAGUUGAUUUGGUUUAAGGUUGAUAGGUUAAAUGGUGAUAUAAAAAUGGGAAAGAAAAAGCCGUCAACUGAGAAUGGAAAAACAGACACUAAUACCCCAGACAGCACAAUCUGCUGGUGUAACAAGAUGUUUGGUUUUUCCCCAGCAGACUUGAAAUCACCCCAGGCAGUGAUCAAGUUGUUGUGUAGGCCGUCUGAUCCAGCUUGUCUUGGAGUUGUCAGGUUUCUCUUUGGUUUUUUGAUGUUGUUGGACAUACCACAAGAAAGAGGACUUGGAAUGGCUGAUGUAAGAUGGGGUAAUAAUGAUGAAUGUCGGUUCCCUCUCUUUAAUUUUCUCAAACCGUUACCAUUAGAAUGGAUGUAUAUUGUCUACUUUGUCAUGUUAUUAGGUGCUGCCGGUAUUAUGGUUGGGUUUUUAUUCCGUUUUAGUUGUAUAUGUUUUCUACUACCAUACUGGUAUAUAUUCUUUCUCGAUAAAACAUCAUGGAACAAUCAUAGUUACUUAUAUGGUAUUCUGGGAUUUUUACUGACCAUUUCUGAUGCUAACAGAUAUUGGUCAUUAGAUGGAUUGUUCUCGAAGAAUAAGAGGAAUACCCAUGUACCAUUAUGGAACUAUACCUUGUUAAGGUUACAGGUAUUUUUAGUAUAUUUUAUUGCUGGUUUGAAGAAGUUAGAUUUUGAUUGGGUUUAUGGUUAUUCAAUGCAGAAUCUCUCCAGACACUGGGUAUUUGAUCCGUUAAAGUUUAUGUUAACUGAAGAGCAAAUUGACCUUUUUGUAGUACAUUUGGGAGGACUGACCAUCGAUUUAUCUAUUGGCUUUUUAUUCUUCUUCGACAAAACUAGACCCCUGGCAUUUCUUGUUUGUUCCAGCUUUCAUUUAAUGAAUUCUCAAAUGUUCAGUAUAGGUAUGUUUCCAUGGAUGAUGUUAGCAACACAAGUAUUAUUUUGUCACACUGAUUGGCCGAGACGUGUAUUUAAAAUGAUUCCUACCAGUUUACAACUGUUUACACCAGAAGAAGAAGAAAUACAUGCUAGUAGUCACUGUAUUUAUGGUAAAGAUGAUGUCAAAUCUGAAGAUAAUAAACAACAAGGGAUGAAAUGUGGUAAAGCUCCACCAACCAAAUCAACAUUAUAUCACAAGAUAUCAACUUGUUUUACUUUCCUGUUUAUUAUAUUACAACUUAUCCUACCAUAUUCCCAUGGUAUAACUAAGGGUUAUAAUAAUUGGACAAAUGGUUUAUAUGGUUAUUCAUGGGAUAUGAUGGUUCAUUCCUGGUCUGUUCAACAUAUUCGUAUAACCUAUGUUAAUAAAGAUACGGGAGAAGCUGGUUAUCUCAAUCCUGAGGCCUGGGUUGGAUCGCGACGAUGGAGUUCUCAUGCAGAUAUGUUAAAACAACAUGCUCAAUGUAUAGCUGGUCAUCUUAAAACAUAUAAUAUCACUAAUGUAGCUUUACACUUUGAUAUCUGGAAAUCAUUAAAUGAGAGAUUUCAACAGAGAAUGUUCGAUCCUAAAGUCGAUAUACAAUCAGUAGAAUGGAGUCCACUAAAAGAAACUCCCUGGUUAAUGCCUUUAUUGGUAGAUCUAUCUGAUUGGAGAGGAAAACUGGCAGAAAUAGAAAAAAGUUUAACAGUUAAUUCUUCAGAAUCAGCAGAUGUAGUGUUUGUUGCCGAUUUUCCAGGGUUAUAUUUAGAGAAUUAUGUACAGGAAGAUUUAGGCAAUACCAGUAUAACAGUUUUAAAAGGAAAAGUUUUAGUCGAGUUGGUAGAUAAACAUAAAAAUUAUACAUUAAUGGAAGGCGAGAGCAUGCAGGUGCCUGCAGGAAAUUUCCACAAUGUGCAUACCAUAUCCAGUACUCCUUCAUGUUAUAUGUAUAUAUAUGUUAAUACUACAGAUGUUAAUUUCAUGGAAAAUCUUAUAGAAUAUGAAAAAGCAGUAAAUGGUACCUUAGAUAUUGGAAUUGCGGACAAAGCUCUGUCAAGAUUUGAAAGUGAUCCAUUAUUAGCUCAAUAUAAGCAAGCACUGGCUGCUAAAAAAGCUGUGAAAAAACAAGAAGAACAGACUUUAUUGGAGAAAUUAACAGAAUUUAUUAAAAAUAAAUAUAUUAUAUUUUCUAGAAGUUUCAGGUUUACAACAGGAGCAUUACAUAGUAUUCUUUCACAAAGGCCUUUUGAAGAAUUCCUAAAUGAUACAUAUUCACUGGAGAGGGACUCUAUAAUUCAAAGUGUUGAUUUUGACUUAUAAUAAUGCUUCAAUAUCAUCCAUUAUUGUACAUUCCAUUCAAGGAAACAUUAUUAACUGACCUAAUUUUUGUUUUGUCUGAAAAGAUUAUAUAUUGACAAAAUGUGAACAUUUAGAAAAAGAUAUGAAGCCUUCAACACACCUAAAAGGAACUUGACAGCUUCCAAAUGUUUUAAAAAAGAGAAAUGUAAUCCUAAAUAUAAUGGCAAUGAAUGACAAUUAUAGAGAAUCAUUAAUGAUAGUUAUAGAAAUUUAUUGUAAUUUCUGAUACUAAAGAAUGAAAAUAAUCAUUGAAUGUGCUAAUAUAAAUAUUUAGUAGAUCUGACAGACGAGUCAGACAUUUAGUCAGUUUGUGGCAAAUACACAACAUAUUGGAAUGAGUGUAAAUGUUAUUUAUAGAUCUGUUAUGUUUUUAAACAUAUGUAUAUAUACAAAUGUAAAAGGAUUAAUUAAAUGUUUGCAUGGAAAUUCAUUGAUUUAAUUAAUAAAAUAUAUUAUGUACAUAGGCCUACUUGUAUAUGCACUGAUUAAAGUGGCUAUUCCAUUUAUGAAAUCCUAAUUUUAUUCACUGUAUGUAAAUAUUGUAUAUAUGCUGGAAAUAAAUAUAUAUUAAUAAGA